UCUAGAAAUUCUUUUUGGUGUUCAAAACAUUUUUGAACGACUGUUAAUUGGGAUGCAGUGUAAAAAUUGAGCAAUGCAAUGAUGUAUAAAUAUAGAUGCACAGAUAGAGAUUGAUUAUGAUUAUCGAGAUUGUGUGGAACUGAUUUCUGGGAAUCGGAAGAAAUGCCGAUAAACAGAUAUCAGAUAAGAAAUGUGUACAGUUUGGCUGAUCCGGAGCUUUACAAAGCAGCUGAUAAAGAUGAUCCCGAAGCUUUGCUUGAAGGUGUUGCCAUGGCCGGUCUUGUUGGCGUUCUCCGUCAGCUCGGUGACCUAGCAGAGUUCGCUGCUGAGAUUUUCCAUGACUUGCAUGAAGAAGUGAUGGCAACUGCUGCUAGGGGCCAUGGUCUACUGGCACGCGUUCAGCAGCUUGAGUCGGAAUUCCCUUCAAUUGAAAGGGCAUUUCUGUCCCAAACACGACAUUCAAUUUUUUUUCCCAAUUCAGGUAUUGAUUGGCAUCCUAACCGUCAAACUGCGCAUAAUCUUAUCACUACGGGAGAUUUACCACGGUUUGUCAUGGAUUCUUAUGAAGAAUGUCGUGGUCCACCUCGAUUAUUUCUUCUAGACAAAUUUGAUGUUGGUGGUGCUGGGGCAUGUUUAAAACGCUACACUGAUCCGUCAGUUUAUAAAGUGGAAGCAUCAUCAUUUGAAAUUGAAAGUGCUGAAACUCAAAGGGAUAAAAAGAUCCGCAAGACGAAGAAGAAAGGAUCACGAUGGAAAGGGGGAGAGACUCAAGAGGUUUCACAGCUUUCACAUGUCAAACUCCAUCAGUUAUUCCUGGAGGAGCGCGUGCAGAAUGGUGCAAUUGAACCUGCACGUCUAGUCAAACUGAAGAAAAGGCCCAACAAACUCCCAUUUGACUUAGAAAGUGGAGAAAGUUACAUGAACAAGUUGUUAAAUUCUCCUGAGGAUAAACUUGUUCAUGAAGUACCUGUUUGUUUGUCAACUUUGAUGUUGCCUACGAAUACCUCUAAUGGAUCAAGGCUUGAAAUACCUGAGGAUAGUAUGGUGGGCUCAGCAUUAGGUUCGGCAGUGCAAAGUUCAAGGGCAGAGAAGAUCGUCUAUGGGGAUCCCACAGAUAGUCUCUCCAGGAAAGUAGCUGAAAGGCAGACUUCAGAGCAGCCAACUUCAGGCCUAAGCUUGGGAGCAGGUAUUAUCCCAUCUACACUUGAGGAGGAAGUAGAUGAGAAACAAAUAGCAGUUGUUGAGGAAAUUAAAACAGACGGUCUUCAAAAUGGUUACCUAUCUGAUGAUGUUGCAAGCGAGACGGACAAUUACAUGGAUGCUCUUGCUACAAUGGAGUCACAACUUGAAACAAAUGCGGAACUUAGAGCCAAGAUUGAUCCAAGCGUAGAUCAUGGAGAAUAUUCUGAUGCAAACAUAGAUCAAUUCCAAUCUCAAUUAUCAGGUUCUCAAUCGAGAGGGAACUCGAUUGCAUCAGAUGACGGGAAUAACUUGAUUAGGAAGGGAAUAACUACAUCUUUGUAUUCUGAUACUACAAGCAUGUCAACUGAAAAUGCAUCACCAGAAAUUCCUCAACCCUUUGCAUGUACCGAAAUUCCUUUUCAUCCAAGAGUUCCACCCAAGCAAGUCUCCGAUGCUGAAAAGAUUAUGGUGACCCAAUAUUUGGACCAUAAUAUCACAAAUGAUACGUGCAUUGAUGCGAGCAAAGUGCCAAAUGUUAGUUCAGCAAUUGAUUCAGCUCUGCACGUCGAUCAAGUAACAAUUUUGGAAGAAGGUACAUCAAAGGAAGCAGAUUCGAAUGAAAUGUCCUCAAACCAUAAUGAAACUCUUACUAGUCCUAGAAAAAUUGGUGAACAUCAAAUAUAUAUGGAAGUUACUGUCGACUGUACAUGUAAGCAACCAGACUUUCUUCCAACAGCUGAUAGUCCAUCUUCAAUGUCAUUUGCUGAAAUUCCUGAAGGCGAGGUAGACGAUAGGCUUGAUAAUGACAGCUCUAGACCUAUGAUUCAUCUCCCCAUCAUCUCAGACACAACUUGCAGGAUCAGUGAAAAUUCCUUGAGCGAGGUUAAUGAAAUCGAACAUGAAGAGGAUAAUCACAGCACAGGUUCGGUUGACAGUCAUUGUAGUUUGUCACAUUCAGUUACUUUACAUGCGGAUGAGCAGCCUUUUGAUACCUCCUUGGCAGAGUGUGGCAUUGAUAAUCUAGAUGUGAAGCCUAGUUACACCACUUUCAGUGAUGAUGUUCCUGUAGCUGAAGUGGCUGCUGAUAAUCCUGACAUAUAUUCAAAGGAGCAGUUUAAAGAAAUAGCAGAUGACAUUUUGCAUAUACCUGAUUUGGCAGAAGCUAUAGUUCCAUAUUCUAGCGAGGAUGAAACAAAAUCAAAUAACGCCAAAAUUGAACUCAUGACUGGUGCUGUUUCUGAUGUUGCUGAUGUAAAUAGAAGUGGAGGCAAUGAUCUUUCUGCUCUCAAAGAUGAAGCAGAAUUAGAGGAGAGAGCAAAAGAAUCAGUUAAGUCGGAAGUUAAAGUUGGGAGUAAUCCUGUGUCUGUCCCUGAUGAUCUUGAUAUAAAUGAAGGGAACGAUCUUUCGACUCUUGAAGAUGAUGUAGAAUUGGAGGCGAGAGAAGUAGACUCUAUUAACUUGGAAGUGGAAAAGAGGGCUGCUGUUCUUCUCUUAGUUGAUGUCGACAAAAAUGAGGAUAAUUGUUGUUCUACUCUUGAGGAACCAGAUGGGAGUCGAUCAGUUAUCAGUCACUUAUGUAACGAACAAAAUUCCCAGGAAUCUGGAGAAAAGGAGGAAGUGGAUCAGCUUUUGGUUAUUUCUCCAGAUUUGGACUACGUUUCCUGUGAUACAGCACCUUAUGAUAGUUCAAACAAUCUAUUGCUUGAUAGCAUUCUCGACACUAGUCUGUCUACUUGUGAUGAUCUGGAUGAUGAUGUUGAUAGCCCGUCUCUAAAUUCAAAAAUCUUGCAGGAUCAAAGUCAUUCUUUUCUUGCAGAGACGGAUCAAAAUGGACUUCAAGAAGUUAUCUUACGUGAUUUGAGCUCUCCACCUGGCAACAUUGCACCUUGUGAUCCUUCAAAUGUACAGUUGCUUGAUAGUGCUUCCAGCUCAGUUGUGUUCACAGAAGCCAACCAUGACUUAGAAUCUAAAUCUCCAAACCAUGGUGAUCACGAUAAAUUUGAAGCUGCGAAGUCUUCUCCUCCGGAAGAUAAUGUCAACCAGCCUAAUGAUCAACUUCAUGUGCAAUCACUUGCAUCUGAGGGAUCUCAAAUGUUACCCCAGUUGGAUUCUCUGACCCACAUAGAUCAUGAAAAACAUUUUGAUACUCAUUCCGAGCCUUAUCCAGUGAACAAUGCAACCCAAAGUAUAGUACAGGAGGAAGAUCUACACCCGCAACCUAUGAAUGUGGUGGUAGCAACUGAUGAGUCUACCCAUAUACAAGACGUGCAGUCCUCUACUGAAUCUGAUUCAGUACCUGUUUCUGGAAAACUGCAUACAUUGGAGUUGUUGCAAAUGAACAGUCAAGAGGUAAACCUCUCUGCCCAAGUCAAACACCAAUCAACUCCAGUGUUUUCUGGUUUUGGCAUACUUCCGCAGUUAUCUCCAGUCAAGUCAGAAGAUAUACCUCCAUUGCCACCUCUUCCGCCUAUGCAAUGGAGGAUGCGAAAACCUCAGAAUGCUUUGUUGACUCCAACAGAUGGUGGUCAACAUAGUGACAAUCCCUUUCCAUCGAUCUUUCCAUGUAAAGCUGAUGAAGGUCCCCAAGUGGUGGUUCACCCAACAUUAGAUGAAAUUAGAAAUCCAGAUACAGAAAAUCGGAAAUCUAAACAUGCUUAUAAAGAUUUGAGAAGCGACACAGGGGGUUUCAGCCAAAUAUUAUUACCUGAGGCUAGUUUACACACGGAAGACCAUGACAAAUCAUCUGUACCAUCAGAAACAAAAUUUGCAGAAACCUUGAUGUCAGCUGGAACGGAGCAUUCUCAUAGCGUUCCAACUUCUUCUGGCUGGGAAAUUUUUUGGCCAUCAUCAAACCCGUAUUCAUUUCAACCUGUUGAUAAUGAAGUGUCAAAUACUAUUCGACCUAUCAAAGUACAGCGACCACGUAGUCCUCUCAUUGAUGCAGUUGCUGCUCAUGACAAAAGCAAAUUGAGGAAGGUCUCAGAUCGAGCCACACCUCAGAUACCAAAGGGAGAGGAAAGUGAUGCCAUACUGGAACAGAUACGGGCCAAGUCCUUCAACUUGAAACCGGCUGUCCAGACCAGGCCAAGCAUUCAGGGUCCUAAGACCAAUUUGAGGGUGGCUGCUAUUUUAGAGAAAGCAAAUGCAAUUCGCCAGGCAUUUGCUGGAAGUGACGAUGACGAUGAUGACAGUGAUAAUUGGAGUGACUCUUGAAACAUUCAACCAUUCGAAAUACAAUCAGAAUGAAACAUAUAAUGAGGUUCUCGGGUCUUUAUGCUCACACCAUUGUAGUUAAUCCCAUCAUUCUUUACCAGGUAACCACAAUAUCAUCGAAUAUUGUCGAUAGGAGUUUGUGGUCAGCUGCAUCUUUUUCCUGCUCUACUGCCUCUUUGUUUGGUAUGCUGGAUUUUACUGUUUUGUCCUUCCAAUGGAUCUCACUUUGAAACCUAUACGUGUACAAUAGAUAAACUGUGCAAGGAGUCCAGCGUGUAUUCGCGCUUUUUGGUCUGGUUUUCAGAUGUAGAUUCUGUUAGUUGUAUAUGGGCAUCUUGGGUAACACCAUACAGUUGCAUUGGAGUUGUUCUGGAUUUUAAGGCUGUGUCAUAUGCAAAGUUUAUAUGAGAUUACAAUUGACAUGGGAUUUGAUUGAUUGAUUACUCU